AUGGACAUAGAGAUUUGUCGGGAUGAAAUAAGGCUUCCAUGGAGUCCAUUCGGAGGCACACUGGCGAGCAUUCGCGGUGGUGCAACUGAUCAGUCCUAUCUUCACAAUGUCACUCUCAAAGUUAUCAACGCUUCCUCUGGAGCUGAACUGACUGUGACUCAAGCGUGGGUCAACGGUAGCCUCAAUGCGGACCGUUGGAUAGUCCUGAGCGACGACACUCGACUGAGCUAUACGGGGUUUACCCAGCAUGCUGGUGCAGCGAAAGCAGGGUCUUCUACCACGUACGUCUCUUCCAAAGCCGGCGACAAAGCAUCUAUGCGCUUCAAUGCUUCGACGUUUCUUAUCCACGGACCAUGCGGCCCUACAAAUGGUCUAAUAAAGGUGUCGAUCGACGGGCGCGAGUCGACGGUAAACACUUCGAAGCCUAUCGCAUCCAACGAUUGCCUACUAUUCCAGGCCUGGGGAUUUCCUGCCUUGAAAGAACACGAUUUACUUAUUGAGAACAUGGGCGGGAUGCUCGGAAUCGAUAGACUCGAGUUCUUUUGGCUCGACACGUUUGGUGAGAGGGGUUCAAGAUCGAAUGCGGACAAAAAGAACGUAACCAUCGGCGUUGGAAUUAUGAUCGGGAUUUUAUUAGUUGUGGCUGGGUUAACGAUUUAUUCCAAAAAUUCAAGCAAGAGGUUUGGUCGUGCUUGCAAAGUCUUUUGUUCGUGA